AUGUGGUGCCUGUUCAAGAAGCUGAGAGGAUACUUGCUUGCCAUGCAGAUGUUCCAGCUACCUCUGGUAGCACUUAGCCGAACCAGAUGGCUCAAGGGCCGCGAAACCCUUGGUAACAUGAUAUUUUGGCUAGGAAUCUUUACCGGACCAAGCCUACUUUGCAGCUUAUAUAUAAUUAUUUAG